AUGUCCGAAAGACCAAAACCGAAACACAGUAAAUCUAGGAUAUGCACCGCGUUUGCACAGAAAGGAAAAUGCGCGUUUGGCGCGAUGUGUAAAUCCAGUCACGACGUUGGCGCUAACGGUUCGGCCAGAGGAUCGCAGCAAUCUCCAAAGCCAUCUUCGUCUGCCAAAAGUGUCAAAUCGUCUAGUAAACCGCAGAAGAAGCGGCCGCCGCCUACGCCGGUGGUUAAACCGGCGGAGAGUAUCCCUAGCCGUUCACCCACUCCAGACGACCCUCUCGAAAAGCAAGAAAUGAUUGACGAAGACGAUGAAAAGGAGCCUUGUGUGUUCUGGCCUGGAAAUUGUGGCUCUGGAGAUCAGUGUGCAUUUCUGCAUGUGGAUCCAGCGCCUGCUCCUGCCGAAGCAAAAACCGUGGCAGAGUCCUCUACGUCCAAGCAGAAGGAGAACCUGGUCUGGACUUCAAGUUCGACUGAAUCACGGUCGUCGAAGGGGAAGGGAAAGGAGCCUGCUCCCACUUAUCGCCCUGCAUCUCCCUUUGGGUACGGCCAUGUUGAGAACGACACCAGCGACGAUGAAACCGAACAAGGCAAUGAUUCCGACACCGAUACAGAAAGUCGUUAUGCGGAUAGCUCGGCUGGAGGGUGGGUCAAGGCUCGAACCAGCGCGCGUAAAACCCAUGCCCGCGAUCCUCCCAUUGUUGAAGACAAGGAGAGCGUCUUCGAGUUUAGCAACAAUCCCAAGCAUCGUGGCCCCACGCAGGUAGCCCAGCCACCAGCAGUAGCACCGCCUCCACCGCAAAUUCAGACCCCAACCAUCGCUGUCCCGCAUAUCACCCAAGCUAUGUUCCACUGGAGCCAGUUUGCAGAUCCCAAUGCGGAUCCUAAUGUCGCCUUUUGCAAACAAUUGACCCAGAACAACUGCGCUCUGCAAGCGCAAUGUCGCUUCAGGCAUUCCCUUACACCGGAAGAGUAUACCACACUCUUUAAGGACCAACAGCCGAUGCUCAUGACCCUCAACCAAUCCCUCGGUACUGCGCAGGGCGCCGUUCCCCAAGCACAGCCAGUCUAUUACCAGGUUGCCCAACCUCCGCCCAUCGCACCCACUAUCCCUGUAAUACAAUCUCCCCCACCGCCCGCCAAGCCUCCUAUAUCAAAGGUCCUCUGCGCCUUCUGGAUCCGCAACAAAUGCCAGAAUGGCGACAAAUGCCCUUUCCGCCAUGAAGGAACCCCCAUCACGGAGACCGCCUCUGGUUAUGACUCGAUGGACAACCUCCGGGGGACGAGUCCUGUGCAGGAUAUCUGUCGACACUUCCAGAAGGGACAUUGCAUCUUUGGGGACAAGUGCCAGAACAGCCAUAUUAUGCAUUCGGACAUUCAGAACUAUCGGACCAAGGCCAGGGCUGAUGCCAACGGAUGGGGAGCCCCGGCUGAGGAGGAUAAUGGGUGGGGUGUGUCGAGCGGCAAUCCAGAUGCUUGGGGCGAAAGCGAUGAUCACACUGGCUCCAAGGCCGACGAUGGUUGGUGGGGCUCCGACGAUAGGUCCAACAACAGGACCGAACGACGCGACAAUUGGUCGUCUAAUUCGAACACGAGGACCUCUGACAGAUCCUCGGGUCGUAUAUGCUAUGAUUAUCAAGUUGGGAGGUGUACUCGAGGGGAUCGGUGUAGGUUCAGUCAUGAUCUUGGAAGUGGUCGUGGAGGGCCUAAUGACGAAUAUCGAGGGACACAGUCGCGGGGUAGUGGGUCAUCUUCCUCUCGGUGCAAGUUCUACGACCAAGGAGAUUGUCGCCGAGGGAAUGCUUGUUCUCGCAGGCACGAGGAUGGUGGAUCUUGGAAGCGGGCCGACUCUUACCAGGCUGAGGGCUGGGGUAGUGCGCAGGAUGAGGGGCAGGACCAUGAGGCUAAUGGGUGGGGAGCUGAGGAAGGUACAACGGGGGAUGUGUGGGGGCAGGAUGCAGCCGACGAUCAUCGAGACGAGGAUGAAGGAGAACCACGGGAUGGCGACGUUACCCACGAAGAUGAACGAGAGUCCGCGAAGGGGAGUGAAGACGAGGGAGACGGCAGUGAUGGCUGGAACACUAGUAGGAAGUGGUUCGAGCCCAGCGACAAUACCGAUCGUAGUACUUCCGCCAAGAAACGGCCACUUUGCUUAAAGUUCGGGCAGGGGGCUUGCCGUAGAGACGACUGUGCCUUUCAGCACAGUUUACCUUCGGACCAAGCUGCUAUCCACUCCAGGGCUGAGUCGGCAGUAGAAGAUGACGAGAUAGAAGAAACCCAAGAAGCUGAGCCGGAGGUUGAUGUCACCCCGGUCGAAGAUGUCCCUCCUGCUCGUUCUCCUUCACCCGAAAUCGAGGAACAUCCCCUUGUCCAGCGUUUCGUCAACAAUUGCACAGUUCGCUUCGACGCCCAGUGCCAACCCGAGGAAAUCAUGACGGCGGCCGACUCGAAGAAACUCGUGCUGUCUCACCUCCCGAUCGGUAUCACAGACGAAGAAAUCCAGCGUCUCGUCAAGCACAUUGGUGCUGUUAAAGAGAUCGUAGAGCUUGGCACAGGCGAGGCCACGGCCACGUUCAGUGUCGAGUUCGAGGACGCGGCCGCUGCCCUAAUCGCGGUUAGGCUGCUCAACGGGAAGGAUUAUUCGGGUCAGACGGUCGUCGCAAAGCUUGACAGUCGAGCAACGGUAUCCGGGAGGUCACCGCUGGGUAGCCAGGUCUUGCUGGUGUCGUGGCCCUGUCCUACGCUGACUGCAUGGAUAUUUUACGAAACCGUGACGAUUGCGAAGCAGGCAGCACAGAAGAUCAACGGGGUGAAGUUCCAGGACCGGACGAUCAAGGCGCUCUACGAGGCUGGAAAGGGCAACAAGCGCGGACCAUGGCCUGUUCGUGUCACCAACCUUCCUCCCGCCGCUUCCAAGGACGAUCUGAAAGGCCUGUGCGAUGUCCCCUUCGUUGUGACCGAUUUGGGCCAACCGACCUAUACCGAAUCGCCUCGGGAUGCCAUUCAGGAGGCGCUGGAGGAGUAUGGGGGAGUGCUGUCAUUCGAGGAUUCUCUUGAAGAGAACACGGUGUCGAAGAACUUUGUAUAUGCGACGAUGGAAGGACACGCGGCUGCUCAGGCAGCGGCCAAGGCGCUCAACAAGACGAAGCCGUCAUAUAUCGGAGAGCAAUAUUUGACUGUCCAGCAUAUCUACCUCGCCGGGUUUCAGAUGCCAGCUAAGGCCUUCGAGUGUGUCGCCGACCAAGUCAAAGUAAUCCGGGAGGUGCAGAAAGGGACGUGCACUGUGGUUGAUUGGCCCUUGGUGGAUACCCACGUCGUCAAGAUCUAUGCUCCCGUCGAUCAAGCUGUUGCCUUUUGCACUGCCCACGCCGAACUGGAAAAGGUGGCUGACGGUUUAGUCGUGACAUCGGAGGAUGGGGCCAAUGUUUGGGACGACUACCUUGAGACGACCAGCGCGGAAAAGGCGAUCGAGAAGUUCAACGAGCGCCCGACGGAUGUGCCUUGUUUUGUUUACAUCGACAAGCGUUAUCAGGUUGUUCGCGUCUAUGGAGCACCUGAUGGGCAGAAACGUGGACAAGCGGCCCUCAUGAAGAUCUUGAAAACGGUCAACGAGCAACGCCACGAACUCGCUGUCCCCCGGGAGAAGAUGGCGGCGAUCAUCGACAAUGGCUUGUCUGAGCUUCAUAAUUCACUUGGAGGCAGCAAGGUAACGCUCGACAUCGUGAGUCCCAAACUGGUUAUCAGGGGCACGCCGGACGAUCUUGGCAAGGCCAAGUUGGUGCUGAGCGUUGCCCCUGCUUCCUCGAUUCCGUCGACGGUCGCUCGGUCCAAGUUGUGUCCUGUUUGUGAACGAGAACCCGUCGACCGUGUCAGGCUGAGCUGCAGACAUGUCUACUGCAAGGCAUGUCUGAAGUUCGCUUUGACGAAGACUGCGAAAGGCGAAAUGGCUGGACAGCCCUUCUUUUCUUGCAUUUAUUCGGAUGAAGGUGGAGAUGACGAUGGCUCUACCCCUGCUCAAACCUGCGGGGCACCUAUCUCAUAUGCAGUUGUUCGGGACACACUGCAGAUGGCUGGCGAGGUGGAGUUUUUGAAGGCAGCGUUUGCGUUCUUCAUUCGGGCUCACCGAGACCAAUACUUUUUCUGUCCCACACCUGACUGCGUUGCGGUCUAUCGCUCGGCGGAAGAGGAGAUCGUCAUCCGUUGCACAAUGUGUUCUGGAGAUAUUUGUCCUUUAUGUCGCUCGAGGAGUCACGACGGCAGGCUGUGUGCGGAGCGGAUGUGA